AUGGUGUCUGACUCUGGGUACAAGAGUCAUGACUACGGCAUGACACGCAUCGUGGGUGGCACAGAUGCCAAGCCAGGGGCCUGGCCCUGGAUGGUCAGCAUCCAGCAUCCGAGGAUACCAGGCACAAAGCAUUUCUGUGGAGGGUCUCUCAUCAGGGCAGAGUGGGUCCUCACAGCAGCACACUGCUUUGACCUCAUUUUUUUGGUGUACGUGGUAAUUGGUGCCACCCAGUUGACUCAGCCGGGCCCUGGCGCACAAGUGCGCAAGAUUAAGAAGUUAGUGCGUCAUGAAAACUAUCAGAGACGUGACAUGAGCGAUGACAUUGCCUUGCUGGAACUGAGCAAGCCUAUCCAGUGCAGUCCCUACAUCCAGCUGGCCUGUGUGGCUGAUGCUAUCUUAGGAGUGUCAGUGUCACAGGAGCAUAACUGCUGGAUUGCUGGCUGGGGUGCCACCACUACAAAAGAUAAAACCCCAAGUGAUCACCUGCAGGAAGCCAAGGUACAGCUCAUCAAUAUCCAGCUGUGCAACAGCACCUUCUGGUACUCAGGGAAAAUCCACACCCACAACUUGUGUGCUGGUUACCCACAGGGCACCAUUGACACCUGCCAGGGUGACAGCGGUGGUCCUCUCAUGUGCCAAUACAACCAUGCUGACUCCUGGUGGGUUGUUGGAGUGACCAGCUGGGGAAAAAGCUGUGGCAGAGCAAGACGGCCCGGAGUCUACACCUCCACUCAGUACUUCUAUGACUGGAUUCUGACGCAGAUGGGCAGGAGCCUCAUGGAGCAGACAAAGGCCCAGCAGCAGAUGAAGGCCUCAUCUGAUGCCGACCUCCUCCCCACAGCAAAGAACGGUCAUGGCAAAGGGAGCUGUGGGCUCCGAGUUACGCCACCUGUCAACAGCCCCAUGACUUAUUCCUACGACAACGUGGCUUAUGACUACGGCAUGACACGCAUCGUGGGUGGCAUAGGUGCUGCAGAAGCAGAAUGGCCCUGGAUUGUCAGCAUCCAACACCCCUGGGUACCAGGCCUAGGACAUUGGUGUGGAGGGUCCCUCAUCACGGCAGAUUGGGUCCUCACAGCAGCACACUGCUUCGACAAGUUUGAUAACAUCAGCCUGCUGUAUGUGUUGAUUGGGGCCACCCAGUUGACUCAGCCGGGACCUGGGGCUGCAGUGCGCAGUGUCAAGAAGGUGGUGAUACACCGUGACUACAAGCGUAGCGACUACAGCUAUGACAUUGCCCUGAUGCAACUGGACCGUCCUGUCCUGUGCAGCUCCUACAUCCAGCUGGCCUGUCUGGCGGACCCCGCCCUGAGAGUCUCAGAGCUCAUCAACUGCUGGAUUGCUGGCUGGGGUGCCACUACUGCAAGAAGUCUAGAUUCAGCUGAUCGCCUUCAGCAGGCCAAGGUCCAGCUCAUUGAUGUCCAGCUCUGCAACAGCAGUGACUGGUACGCAGGAGAAGUCCAUCCCUACAACUUGUGUGCUGGUUACCCACAGGGCAACAUUGACUCCUGCAAGGGUGACAGCGGUGGUCCUCUCAUGUGCCAGGACAACAACGCUGAGUACUGGUGGGUCAUUGGACUAACCAGCUUUGGAACAGGCUGCGCCAGAGCAAGGCAGCCUGGAGUCUACACCUCCAUUCAGUACUUCUAUGACUGGAUCGAUUACAACAUGCGUGUAAACGCAGUUAAAAGUGCUCCUUGA